AUGGAUGCUCUGAGUAAAAUGAUGGAUCGUGCGGCGGCCGGAGGCUUCUUGAGAGGAUUCUCAGCUCCGAUCGGGGUGCCCAAUGCCCGAAGAGUCUCUCAUUUGCUUUUUGCGGAUGACACCCUGAUUUUCUGUGAUGCCGAUAUGGAUCAGUUGACCUACCUGAAGCAGGUCCUGCAGUGGUUUCAGAUAGUAUCAGGUCUCAAAAUCAACCUCGGCAAGUGUGAGAGUUUCCCGGUGGGUGAUGUUGCUAACAUUGAUGCUUUGUCUUAUGUUCUUAGACGUAAGGUGGGCUCCCUUCCCACUACUUACUUGGGUCUCCCAUUGGGCGUUUCGCAUAAGGAUACUAUGGUUUGGAAUCCAGUGAUCGAAAGGGUUGAAAAAGGAUUAGCAGGCUGGCAGAAACGGUACUUGUCAGAAGGCGGAAAGGAAGUGCUUAUCAAAAGCAUCUUAUCGAGUAUGCCCACCUAUUACCUGUCUCUGUUGCAAGCUCCUGUGAGAAUCACAGAAAAACUGGAGCGGCUUUAA